AAGAAAUUGGCCGGAUAGCUUAACCGGCACUUGACGCCACACCAUCAACAAACACGAUGGCCGACAGCGACGUCACCCAGCGAGUAAAUCUCUCGUGCGCUUCAAUCUUGGACACAGCAUUCACAUGCCCGCUGGACAUCAAUCACGGACGUUUUACCGAACUGGAGCGUUUGACUCAUGCGACGGACGGUGGUCCGAUCUUUGGCGGUGCUUCCGCGCCAACCAAAUGGAUGCUGAAAAAGCUACGGAGUAUCUGAAGGACACGAACUUGGACCCCACGAAGAAGCAACACGCUGCGUCGGUGUGGAACCUCAAGACCACCCCAGGCUGGUAGACGUUGCAUCUUUGUGUUAAUUGCGGUCGUCGAUCGCCCCAACUUGUUUAAUUGCAUGGCCAUGUCUUUCUGCUUGCAGGUUUAUAUUGCUCCAGGUUUAUAGCUCCAGCUCGUGAAACGAGCUCCAUCGGUCCCUUAUCAGCGCCGUCUACCAAGUCAAAGCUUGGUCGUACUUUAUACACACAGGCCAGAGGCGUACGCGCAUCUCCAACUCCCUUAUCCUGAUAAGCUGAG